AUGGCUGAACCAAUCCUUCAGAGAUUGGAUACUCUGGUCGCAGAUAUCCUGGCCGACUGGAAUAUCUUUACUACCAUCGUUGCCGGUAUUGUUGCUGCUUUUGCCAUCUAUUCCGCCGUGUCAGCUAAGGACCCGGAUGUCCAUCCAUUCUUACUUGCUCGUCAAUCCACACCUUCACCCAUCCGACAAUCCGGCGAGUCCGCAACAUAUCGCAGCUUAGAAACUCCUUAUGGCUUUCCUCUACGAGCAGGAUUGAAUGUCAAAGACCCUGGCGCCCCGAAAUGGACCGCUGGUAGAAAGGGUGAUUUGCGGGAUAUCUGGAGGGCUGCAGUGCGGGGAGCUUUGAAUGAAGACGGUACUCCAUCUAAGACUCAAGGCAAAAUCUACACGGUGCUGGGUAAACAGGCCAUUGAGCACACGCUGUCUCAGGUGACCCAGGAAAUCAACGUGAUAGGUCGCCAUUUCCAGAAAGCCGAGGUCAAAACCGUUGCUAUCUGUCUGACUGACUCGGUUGAACUGUUGGCUGCUCUCUUCGCCGGUGCUUUCUAUGGAUACAAGACCAUCCUUAUCCCCCACAACCUUCCAGCCGAUACUCUGUCAGCACACCUACAGACAUCUCAGGUGGAUGCCCUGAUUGCUGAGGCGGGAGCACUUGAUCUGUCCAUCGCUGCGCGGGGAAACAAACAGCUGUCACACGUGGUAUGGGUUGCUAAGUAUGGUAAUCGUCACAUGGACUGGCAUGGAGUUCCCGAGGGCGUGGACAGCUCUCUGAAGGUAGAUGUUUGGCAUGAGUUAGUGGAACAGCAGAAAGACUUGGCUGGCUUGGACAUCCCUGAAUACGAUCCCAAAGAGCCGGCCCCUGCAGUUAGCACUGUUUGGCCUUCUUCUGCACAAUCUGGCAAGUUCAUUGAUUUCCAAUCGGAGAAUCUGAUUGCUGCGAUCGGCGCCUUGGGAUCUGCUCUUCCUCGAAACCAGCGUUUCUCUCCUUCGGAUCUUGUUCUCUCCAUAGACUCCCUCUCGCGUUCCUACCCUCUUUGCCUCAUUAUGAAUGCACUGUUCUCUAACGCCUCUAUUGCAUUGAACUCGGUUGCAGGAGAGCAAGUUGACUUUGCUUUGGCUACUGUGGGCGUGUCUCCAACCGUUAUCAUUGCUUCUUCGCAGACAAUGUCGGACUACCACGACAGCGUCAUGCAACCGCAGGCGGGUUUUGUUUCUUCCAUUGGUCGUUGGGUCCAGGCACGCACUUUGGAUGCCGGGAACAUGCCUUCGAAGAACAUCUUCAGUCAGCUGGCUCGGGUUGGACCAACUGCGGAGCUGUCUUUAGACAAGCUGCGCUUGCUUUGUAUCUCGCAUCGUAUUGAUGCACCUGCCUCGGCCCGUCUCACAUCGGAACAACUGACAGACCUACGGAUCUUCACUGAUGCUCGUAUUGUAUACGCUCUGACUGGAUCUGGUAUUGCGGGUGCUAUCUCGCAAACAAAUGUCUUUGAUUAUCGUCGCCACGAUGGCCACAGUCACUUUGGCUCUCCUCUCAGCAGCACGGAAAUCACACUGACCGGAGUUAAUGAAGCUACCGUUACCGACACUCCUGAAGGCCAGAUCAAAGUAUCCGGCCCUGCCGUUGUCGGUGAAGAGACAACACUUGCAUCGCGAGUCCGUAUUAGCAAGGACAACACUGUGGAGCUGUGCUCUUGA